AUGAAGUCAGUCGAUUUGGGGUCUCAAUCACUUUUGACGAAAGCAGCCCAAGACCUCCAAAAUCCCAUCCAAGACCACUCCGACUUCAAGGGGUUCGAGUUUCAAGGAUCGCAAGCGACUGAUUUUGCGAAGCUUCUCGACGGAUGGAUUCGAGGGGCGGAGAGCAACGGAGCCCUGACAUUUGGCUACUCUCUAACCACGGGAAAGGCAGCAGAGAUGAACCCUCAAGCGCCUACUUUCCUGCCCGCUAGGGAGAAAUUGCAAGUCUACCCCUACAAGAGUCCAUUCAGCCACAACAUAUCCAUCGGAUUGUCUGAGGAUGGUGAGAAAAAUAUGCUCAUUAUAUUGAACACUGGGAGUCUUCAGGGCGUCCCAGAGAAAGAGGUGCUACCUUACAGUGGAAACUGGUGCAUCAAGAACAUCCCCGCAACCCUAGCUGUGAGCAAAGACGUCUUUUUUAAUAGCUUCCUCGUUCGCCCGUGGCCCACUUCGCUGGGUUCGCAAGUUCCGCUACUCGUCCGAAUUAACCAGGCGGCAUAUUUCGAAGCCAAAAUGGCGCACGCGGAAAAACACCCCUUCAAUUCAGAGUUCUCGUUCCGGUACGGCAAGGCAGACUUAGCUCCAGGCAUUUACGAUUUUAGAGAGGUCUCAGACACCCAGACGGGGGAUGUUAGCUGGGCCUGGAGCAGAAACAGUAGCAAAAGCCAUCAGGAUGGAGGCAGUGCGUUUCACGCUCGUGCCGAAAUAUCUACCGCUUCAAGCACCACUGUGACCGCGCAGCCCGCAGGAAACAAGGUUAAGAUUGACGGUACGACAACAUUGACCUUCAAGACCUCCAUUGUGGAUUUUGGGAUCAGUCAGAAUGGAUCUGCGAAAAUCAUUGUCAAAUACUCGUUCGAGCUCUCACUGCGUUCCAUUCUUGAAGGAGGUCUCUUUAUGGACAUGCCUCUCUCCUGCAACAACGUCUCUUUGGACGUCAAGAUCGACAAAACGUUUCUCCAGCCAAGGUCCAGCAUAGAGAACCUUGCCAAUGACGUCGUCUCAAAGUUCAGGGGCGAUACUGACCUUCAGACGACUGCGGACGCAUUGAAGGACGUCCUGCAGACGACUGGCGGUUUUGUUGUGCCCGGAGGAGGGACCUUUUUCUACAAGGAUCCGAUUUUCAACAAGAACCGGGACCUCCUGAUUAGUGCAGAGUAUGACGGGUAA